AAGCUAUCCGAAUUAUCACUCAAAUCUACUAAUACUCAAAACGCACUUUCUCACUCAUCGCUGCCCUUCCGACUGCGUCCGAGAGCGACGCCAAAUACUUUGCACCAGAAGAACUUCGGCAUCCAUAUACGAUAGCAAGGAUGGCAGCAACACAGCAAAAGCAGCAUACACGAGAACAGCAAAACACCGUGCCCGAUUACAUCGACUCGGCGGCUGAGUCCGUACCCAACUCAACCUGGGCGAUAGUGCCGCGCUCAACUCGCAGCCUGGACGAAGGAUGGCACCACUUCACGUUUGCUGAUCUUGCGCGUUCAGUAAACAACAUGUCGCGAUGGAUUGAGCGAACAUGUGGUGUUGCAGAACACGUGGGCAAGACGAUGGGCUACAUGGGCGCGAACGAUCUACGGUAUCUUGUGGUAUUAGCUGCGUGUUUGAAGACGGGAUACGUUCCGCUAUUCACUUCGCCCCGAAACUCGCUCGAAGGUCAGAAGUCACUGGUAGAGAAGACAGACUGCACCAUCUUCUUGACUACAGUCGAUACCAUGCCGCAGGUCGAAGCGAUCAAGAAGGCAGUACCUAGUCUCAAAGUUUACGAAGCGCCCACUUCUCAAGAGAUGCUUGAUCCGAGCUUUCCUACGGAACACUACCCUGGCAGACAAAAUCGUGACGUGACAGCGCAUAGCUUGAUCUUGCACACUUCGGGUUCCACGGGUCUCCCGAAGCCCAUUCGUUUGACUGUCAGUGGUCUGAAUACUGCGUACGAGCAGGCGCACCUUAGUCCAGAAGAUGGCAGAGAGCAGACCAGCAAGGCUUUCCUGGCAGAUCCACGGCCCAUGCUUGCCGCUGUUCCCUUCUUUCACGCCAUGGGUAUCAUCACUGGCCUGAAAUCUCUCAUGUGCCGUGGCACCAUCGUACGGCUACCAUCGGAGAAGCUGUUGAGUGCCGGCUUGGUCAUUGAUGUGAUCGAAGCGGUAAAGCCUACGUCCGGUAUCUUUCCACCGUCUGUAUUGGAAGAUAUCGCUGCAACACCCAAAGGUAUCGAGGCUAUGGGUAAGCUGGAGUAUGUCUUCUUUGGCGGGGCUCCUCUCGCUUCAGAGAGUGGUGACAAGAUCUGUCGAGUCACGAAUUUGAUCACCGUCAUUGGCAGUACGGAAGCCUUUCUGACAACCACUCUCCUUCCGUCCGCGCCAGAAGAAUGGGGAUAUUUUCAUUGGGGUGCCGCUGCCGGUGUCGUCAUGGAACCUGCUGGUGACGACUUGUACGAACUAGUCAUCAAACCCAAAGACAAGAGAUACCAGGCCAUCUUCCAUACCUUCCCCGAGAUAGACGAAUGGCGCACCAAGGAUUUGUUCAGACGCCAUCCGUCAAAGCCUUAUCUGUGGAAAUAUAGCGGAAGGAGAGAUGACAUUAUUGUCUUGAGUAAUGGCGAAAAGUUCAACCCUGUGUUCACGGAGAAGCUGCUCGAGUCGCACCCGUGGGUGAAGGGCGCCCUAGUCGUCGGUCAAGGCAAGUUCCAGGCCGGCCUACUCAUCGAACCAGAUUGGUCGCAGACGAGCACAAAAGACCCCUCUGCCUUGAUCGAUCACAUCUGGCCGAUGGUGGAGCAAGGAAAUCGCGAAGCGCCUGCGCAUGCUCGGAUCUACCAGACCAAGAUCGCCGUUGCAAAAGACCAGAAGCCUUUCAUCCGCGCCGCCAAGGGCUCGAUCAUACGCCUUCAGACUGUUGCGGCGUUCAAAGACGAGAUUGAAGCCCUUUACGCAGAUGAAGGUUACUCGAGCGAUCCGAAUCAGGGUGCUGAUAGCGACGUUGCGUUAGCGAGCAAGAUCCAUGCCGUCUUCUCACGCGCUCUUCCCUCGUUCCAAGACGAUAUGGCAGACGAUGUCGACAUCUUCGGCCUGGGAGUCGAUUCUCUUGAUGUUCUCGCCCUUACCAACGCGCUCAACAAAGCCGUUCGUGGUGCUGGUGUGACUGCAUCGAUGGUGUACAGUAAUCCUACGGUCAAGCAACUGGCUGCGGCAUUGUCCCAGAACGUGAACAAGUCGCCCGAGCGGGUUGCUUCUCCACCAACCCGUGAGGAGAAACUCAGCGCUAUGGUUAGGAAGUACACGAAAGAUAUGAUUCGACCAAAGAGCACAAGUACUGCGUCUCCUCGUCCAUCGAAACAAACUGUGAUUCUCACCGGCUCAACGGGGAGCUUGGGCAGUCACAUUCUAGAGCAGCUGCUACGAGAUCCGGGGGUCGAGAGAAUAUACUGCUUGAACCGUUCGGAGAACGCCGAGGCACGACAGAAGGAGACUCUCAGCACAUACCACGGCCCGAACACAGACUUCAGCAAGGCUGAGUUUCUCAGGACGGAUUUCAGCGUCGAUAACUUUGGGCUAUCGGACGCUACAUACAGGCAGCUUCUCACUACUGCUACAUCGUUCAUUCACUCUGCCUGGUCUGUCGACUUCAACCUUUCACUCGAAUCAUAUGAGGCCACACACAUAGCUGGCACCUACCGCGUCGUGAAGUUUGCGCUGGCUUCCGACUACAAGACACCCAUCACCUUCAUCUCUUCCAUCGCCAGUGUAGGAAACUGGGACAGCGUGGCGCAGGACGGAUCUAGCGUACCAGAAUCCAUCACCACGCUCUUUGACGGCGCAAUCACGAUACCCCAGGGCUAUGCCGAGUCCAAACAUGUCGCAGCUGAAAUCUUGGCCACUGCAUCGCAUCGCCUAGGCAUCAAGACGGCCAUCGUGCGCGCGGGACAGCUUGCAGGACCAAGCACCAACGCGGGUGGUGCAGCGUGGAACCGUCACGAAUGGCUGCCAACUAUAGUCCAUACGAGCAAGGUGAUGAAGAAGAUGCCGCGCACCCUCGGUAAUAUGGACCGAGUAGACUGGGUGCCCAUGAAUGUUGCAGCCGGAACCGUCGUCGACAUCGCCAACGCUACGUACUCAGAACCCGAGCCUGUGCAAGUCUAUCAUCUUGCCAAUCCGCAUACUACAAGUUGGGAUCAGCUAUACCCCGUCAUUCGAGGCUUCUACACUCAGAACAACGAAGAUGACAUGGAGAUCGUAGAGUACAACGACUGGGUCGAUGAACUGGCACGUAUGCCACAAACGAAGGAGAAUGCAGAGCGCGUUCCGGGGCUCAAGUUGCUGGACUUCUACCAGAGUCUACGACCUGAAUCAGGCAUGGGGUUGCCUGCAUUAGAGACGCGGAGAACGGAAGCUGUGAGCUCUACAUUACGGGACGGUAAAGCUGUAGAUGCGAUUGUGGUCAAGAAGUGGCUGGAGCAAUGGGCAUUUUGAGAUUAGGGUCGGAGUCCGAUAUAAGUAGAGAUGCCAAGCUGACUGUUGGUCACAAGCGGCUUCGCUAGCGACAGGGGUAAUCGUCG